GUGACGUAAUUUUCCCGGGAAUGUCCAGCAUGGCUGCGAAUACAGUAAGCAGGGGUUGCAAAAGGCUGCAGGGUGCGUUGGUGAGGGAGGUUUUAGCAGCCACAGAGACGGUGCUUUUUGAUUGUGAUGGUGUUAUAUGGAACGGCGAGACCGCAGUGCCCGGAGCGCCAGAGGUGAUUGAACAGUUGCGGAAUGAAGGCAAAGGAGUUUUCUUUGUCACCAACAAUUGCACUAGGUCCAAAGAUCAAGUGUUGCAGAAAUUCACCCGGUUAGGUUUCACUGGUGUGCGGCAGGAUGAAAUAUUUAGUUCUUCUUACUGUUCUGCUCUUUACCUGAAAGAAUUUGCUCAGCUGCAGGGCAAGGUUUAUGUGAUAGGAGGCCAGGGUGUUCAUGGGGAACUUCAAAAUGCAGAUAUCGAUUAUGUUACGGAGCAGAAUGGUGGAACACUGGAAGGACCCGUAGCUGAUCUGCCCCUCGACCCCGAGAUAAAAGCAGUCUUAGUUGGAUACGAUGAGAAUUUCAGUUUCUUGAAAUUGGCAAAAGCUUGCGCUUACCUGCGGAACCCAGACUGUCUGUUCCUAGCCACUGAUCCAGAUCCCUGGCAUCCCCUUAGAGGAGGCAGGUUCACUCCAGGUACAGGAAGCUUAACAGCAGCUGUGGAAACUGCAGCUAAUCGGAAAGCAACUGUCAUUGGCAAACCCAGUCGGUUUAUCUUUGACUGCAUUGUCAGCAGGUUUGGAAUUGAAUCUUCCCGAACACUCAUGAUUGGGGACCGCCUUGAAGCAGACAUCCUGUUUGGUACAAACUGUGGAAUUGCAACUGUUCUGACACUUACUGGUGUGUCACAGCUGGAAGAUGUGCAGGCCCACAUGGAAAGCGAUGAUCCUGUCCAUAAGGAUCUUGUACCAAGUUAUUAUAUAGACAGCAUUGCUGAUUUCAUGCCAGAGGUGCAAGAUUAGUGAAGAAGGCUUUUAAAAAUCAUUGUAGUUGCACAGUCUGUAUGGUUAACUUUGGUGGGACACUGGGGCCCCUUUUGCUCUUUCCCUUUUCAGUGUUCCGUAACUUCUUUUGUAAAGGUUUAUUAUAAAGCUAGUUAGAUCCUACUGUUGAGAAACUGCGUGUCCAAAUUGAGUGCAAUAGCUCUGUACAUAAUGAGUUUUGCGAUUUGCAAUCUCGUAACUUACGUAUACGAGGCUGUACUGGAGCCAACCCCCUUAUAAAAUGGGGACUUCACUGCUGUCUGUGCAUUUCAAUGUGAUGUCCGUGCAAGGAAGUUUGACAGUAUUGAAUAUUGCUAUAUGCUUUUUGGUAUAGUUUACAUGACUUCUGCCUAAAAGGAGUUACUACUCAGUGUUAUUAUUUCAAGAAAGUAACUGCUUCGUGUGAAGUUUCUUUCUACGGGCAUUGGAUUGCAAACAUUUCUGUGUUCAGCUAUUAAGAGUACUACAUUUGAGAAGCUGUGUACUGUUUCGUGUUUCUGAGCACCUCACUUCACUCCUGUAUACUCAUGAUGUAGAUAUAAAAAAAAGGAAAUAAUUUUUGGCUGGAGCCACUGAAGUUCUCCAUGUUCGAUGUAUUGCCAAAGGCUGGAUGCUGAAGUGACAGAAGUUUGCCAACAAGUCCAUGGGCCAAACGCAUCACUGCUUAUUUUAGUAAUCAACAUUCCAUUGUCUGCUGUAUGAAUAUAAUAUUGUACAUUAAUGGCAUUUUAUGCAAGAUGAUGUAUUUACUGGCGGAUUGCAUUUGUGGUUCAUGAUGUAGGUUAGGCUUAGAAGGGAAAGUGCAUACACAUUUUUUCUCUUUCUUUCUUGUUUUCACUUUAGUAUUUAACCGUUGAUAGCACAGGUCCUGUAUGUUUGCCUUGUUUCACUUGUUCCCAAGUCCUGAUUACAUUGCAGUAAAACAGUGCUAUCUACUUGAAAGUACUGCUUUCAUGGAAUACCGUGGAUACAGUCUUUAUUGAUUUAAAAUAUGCAUGACAUUGAAAGCAGCUACUAUGGUAGCAAUUAAGUGUCACAACUAUUUGGAAGUAUUCCUCAGUUUUCAGAUUUACAUGGUGCAAAUAAUUUUUGGGGAGGAGGAUAUGUUGAAGAUAUUUUCAAAACAUGUUUGGGGGGCAGCAAAUUUGAUGGAGAGGCUGCUAUCCUGCAUUUGUAAAGUUUACUGUAGUAAUAAUUUAUUGUGUGAAGUGGGUUAGGAGCUUAUUGAGACUAAUAAUUCUGUUUUAGGACUUUUGGACUUUGUUUUUCUUUAUAGUACUAAUAGAAUAUGUUCUUUUUAAGUCAUAAGUGCCAACUAGGGACCAGCAUUCGCAUUCUCAUUCUCUGCUACAGCAUGAUGCUGUCACUUUAACUUCCUAUUAGCCAGUAAGAUGGGGAUGUAAGGCACUGGGCCAAGACUGUAUUAAAAUAUUUUAGGGGCUGAAAGCACUGUUGAAGUAGUUCUAGUGAUGUCAUCCUAGCACUCACUCAGGUAUCGUAGCGUUGAUGUCAUGUGUGAUGCUGUUUGCAGCAGUUAUCUCUACUUUUUAUUUGCUGCACAGAAAAUGUCUUUCUGGAGGUUGUGGCUUUCUGAAGUAAUUAAUAUUGCAGAGGUGGAUAGGGAAUAGCAUGAAGAACUAGAAUAUGAAAAAAAAAAAUAGAGUACAACUAGUUUUGCUGUCUGCAUUGUCAGAUGAUAAAAUGGCUAAAAGUCCACCUGCUGAUGCAGCGACUGGUCUUUUACUCAUUGUCUGUGGUAAGGGUGGAUUAGUAAGCUUUGUUUAAGAUUUGGUUAGGGUGGGAAGGCGUACAUUUCCUAUGGGUUCUUACAUAUCAGUAGUAAGAACUUGAGUUAUCUGCAGCUGUGACUAAUCAUGUGAUAGAGAGGGAAAGGCAGAUUGUCAGUUGCAUGGAGAAAGUGAGAAACGGUGAAAGUCUGACAUAGUGAGUCAAGCUGUGUCUAAAUAAGCUUGAUUUUGAUUCUGAAGAUGUAAUUGCAUGGGUCUCCACCUUGUACAAACUUGGGUGGAAAUGUGGCAUGGAUAUCGGUUUGGCAGACCAUCCUAUACCCACUGAUCAUCAAAUGCCUACCCCUUUUGAUGCUCUGAUGUAAGUGGAUCUUGCUUUACCUUACCUUAUUGGGGAAGAAGGAUUUUAACUUGUAAGGAUGGAAGUUAUACACUGGAGACUCUGGCCUUAAACAUCAGUGUCUGUACUGCUUGGAGUCGUGAUUGUGUAAGGUGCAAACAUGUACGAGCACAGCAUUAAACGUACAAAAAUACUCCAGUUUGCAGUUGAGCAUCUCUUGCAAGAGUUGCAAGAUUCAGAAGACCUUACUAAACUGUUGGUUAAAAUGCGUGUCUGCAUUUCAGUGUGACUGAAUUGAAGUGCAGUUAAAAAUGAGUUGUAGAAUGUGUUAACUAUUAAACUGCUUAAGUUCCUGCAGGUAGUGCGGUAUUUUUGCAUUAUCAGCAAUUGAGCAGUAUUGAAGUGGCCUUAAUCGGGCAGCUAAAUGCACUUCAUAAUACAACACUGUAAUAUGUGAAUACAAUAGUUUACACAGGUCUCUAUGUGUUGGGAGUAAUAAAUAUAGGCUUUUCCUACUUUUCCUCUUGGCUUGCUGUUGAGCUGUGCCCUCAGAGCUACCACUUAAUUUGGUGUGCUACAUGUAAAACAUCUCUAACCAUUUUCUGUGUUUGGAAUACAUCUGGAAAUAGAAACCCAGUGGUAUGAGCAAAGAUGAUUUGGAUCAUUUACAGAUGGCUCUGUGUGUGAGAUAGACCAAUUACCUGGACAGUAUUUCAUCAGAUUGUUGCAUCUCCUUAAGAGGGAAGGACAGCAUAUAAGAAAUAUAUUGCAAGUCGGUCUGAGCUUCUUAACAGCUGAAGGGUAAAGACUGUUUCAAUCUGAUCUGGAAUGCCUUUUUAGAAGGACAUUUCAGGGCUCUCUCCUGGUGGUGGGACAGCUUGGCGCACAGAAUUUUCCCAAGUUGCUAGCCAUCAUGUUCUGCUUCCCUCCCUUAACUGUACUGUAUUGAGAAAAACAUUCCUACUGUCAGGAUACACCAUGUGAAGCUUACGCCACAGUGAAGAUAUGUUGGAAAAUCUAGAUUUUGAAGAAGGGUGUUGCUGUAUCAUCACUACCAGCCAGUUUCUGGUUUGGGGAAGUUUUUAAGUGAUGCAGGAGAUGUUGCCCAUGGGAUGCUCUUUCCUCACUACAGAAGAAACUUCAGCUGGUUUGCCAAAUUCUAGAAUAGCUGUCCUUGGUUAACUUGUGGUGGAUACUUUCAGAGGCUUGAUCAAGCAAAGUAUGGAACAUCCUGGCACCAUAUAUUGCACAUAGAUUUUUUUUUCAUCCAUCCAGGGCGUGGUCAGUUUAGCAUAAACAUCCAAGCUUGACUAGACAGAUAUUCACAGAGGCUUUAAGAAGGACCAGGACAGCAAGUGUAAAACAGUCUCAAAAAUGUGGACGCUACAAAAGAAAACUUGGCUCUGUGAUUGUAUGUGUCAUGCGGUGCUUUGGACAGUGAAUAUUUCCACCAUUGCCAUUUGUCAACACUCCUUGUUUCGUCUGCCUCUCUUUGCCAAGGAUGUCAAGGCAGCCUUUAUGAAUUUUUUUCCUCUGGGUAUUCUAGCACUGUGAAAUGGACAUGGACAACAACUUGAAGGCAGUGAGGUGAAGCAGGAUAUAAUGCAAUUCUAAGGCAAGAAAAGAGAAAAAGUAGACCAUUUCAGUUGAGCAAAUGCAAUUUUAUCCUUCACAACUAAAGAUUACAAGGUCAUAAAGGAGCUGGCAGACACCUUGAACUUGCAUGGUCCACAGCAAAAGAAGCAAUAUGGCCAACUGUCUAAGCCUGUGGUUAAUGGCAACAAGUUUAAGUUCCAAGGUCCUUGGUAGUGUGGGAGUCAUAGAGGGAGAUUCUUUCAGAGUGGAGAGCAACACUACUGACUGUCACUACUUUCACUUUUUUUCCUGUGGAGGUCAAAGUGAGAUUAUUUCUACACAUACUGAUUUGCCAAAACAUCAUCAUGGAUAUGUGGAUCAGGCUAGCAAGAGGCUGUCCGUUUGAGUUCCUCUUUCCCUACUCAUACACUAAACACUCCUUUGUACAGGAAGCCAAUGGAAAGAAAGGAAGUAAGUGCUAAUGGUCUUCCAGAAGACAAACAACUUGACCAUCCCCAGAGUUCCAGCAAGAUGCAAGAGUAACUCUUGCUUAAUUUCAACCAAAGAAGGUAGGAUAUAGGCCCAUUCUGGAUUUUAAAGGUACAUCAAUUCAAUCAGAAAUGUCUCCUACCUGGAGAACUUCCUGGCAGUUAGCUCAGAGUUUUAGGCCUCUAAGCUAUUAAUGAGUUAUUUCCUGUGACCAAGGAUACAGGGUUUGAUUCUGUAAAUCUUCAUUUGAUUACUGUGACUUUGAGCAAGUCCUUUAACCGUAUAAUGCUCACCGGCCACUUCUGAAAACUGACAUAUUAUUUAGUGGGAUUACCCAGUUAACAAACAGAUAAAAAUAACAAUUAAAAUUAAAAAAAAAAAAGACUGGCUUGCAAUAACAAGUAGCUUACAUGUUCUGAUCCAAGAUGGGAAGUCCAGUCUCUAAUUAACGCAGUCAGUAAAGCUGAACUGAGACUAUUUCCCAGCUGCUUGAGUUUAGAGGCAGUAUGUUGGAUACAUGUUGUUAGAAUUGCUGGUGGGCUUUCAGUGCUCUUUCUUUGGUUGAUAUCAGAUGGGACAGUACCAGCAACACCCUUCCUUCAGACUCUGGGCUUCAUGGCAGCCCUCAUGCAGAUGACUGCCUUUGUUAGGCCUCUGUUGAUAAUUGUGUAAGUAGGUUAUUAGAGAGUAGUUAUGGAUCACUUCAGUAAAUCUCCAAAACUUGCAGGGAACUGUUGUGGUAUUAACCCCAUGUACACAUCUAUAUGGCAAAUCCUCUUUGGACUUGCAUCUGUAGGAAGCAGCAGUAACAGAUGCAGCUUCUGGAAGUUGUCUAACCUAUUUCAGGAAAUGUGUAGUUCAAGGUUAGUCAUCACAAGAAGACUCAAAGCUGCCUAAAAAAUGUGCUGGGUAGAGGAUGGUCUUCCUGGUGCCAAUGGAUAUCAAGAUAAAUGUUUCAGUCUGAGUGGGCGGUAUAUCUGUAGCAUGAUAUUGAUGACUAAGGAGGGGAUCCACUUGUACCUGUUGUGCUGGCAGGUGAUAUGUGCUAACACUGGACGUUGGAAAAUGGGUUGGGCUUUGUAGCAUUGCAUGUUCCAGGGGAAACUGAACUACGUGAAGGACACAGUGGACAGAAGUCCUCUAGCUCCCAAUGAAUAAGCUGUCUUGCUCACCUUCAUUAAUUGGGGUCUUUCAAUGCGCAUCUUCCUUUGCCUUUAAAUGCCAGAACAUCUGAUGAGUGAUCUGACAUCAUUUGAGGUAUCUGUGGUCAACCAGAAGUUUGUAUCUCAUUCAGCUUGUUCCUUUUUUUUCCACAACUGUUAGUCAAGGUGUAGUUGCAGAAGCUGAAUUGGAGUCUAAUUUUCCUUUUUGACCAAGACAGUCUUUGCUUCCCAUUCGUCUGGAUAUAUUUUUUGGUACUUUUUGUUAUCGGGGCAGCAGGUAUAAUGAGCAGUUGCAAUGUUAGCACGUGGUGGAAAUGAUAACACUGCUGCCACUGAUGUAUAUAUGAAAUCAUCCCCUUAACAAAGCACACCAGUCUGGUUUCUCUUAUUUGUGAUAACCCACCUCUCAAUACCCUCAAUAAAGAAUGUCUCCAGUUUUUAAGCUAGAGGUGCUCCGUUUGUUAUGCAUGAAAGGUUAACUGCCACACAAAUGUAAAUGCACCACAAACAAGCUAUCCGGGAGCUGUACCUCUCAACCUCUUUGCUCCAGACAUCUGGACAAAGCCGGAAAUAAUGAGGUGAGAAAAGCCCAGAAGUACCAACAAAUGUAAAAUUAUUCUUAUAAGCUUAGUAAGUUGAUCACAAAUUUUGUAUUACCAUGACUGUUGUAAACAGUGUAAAGUGUGACAUUCACACCUUACAUUGAUUUUCCAAGUUCAGCACUCAGUGAUCUGACACAAAGCCAAACAUUCAUGAGAAGUAGCCAAACGUUAUGAGGCAGAAAUCAGGAAAUUCCGUGAAAAUCUAGACAAUCACAAGUUAGGACUCAGAAUAUUCGGCCUACAUUGCACAAAACAAAAAUGAAACUGUUUUCACUCCUGUAUGUUUUACAGUAAUCUCUCCACACAUGAAUCCCAGCCCGGAGCGACUACACACACACUAUACAGCCACCAACUCAACACUGACAGAUAUGCUUUUAUUUUAAUAAAUAAUAAAUACAUUUAUUAUAUCACUUUAAGGAUCAUUGUGACCGCAUACUAACAUUGCAACUGCUCAUUAUACCUGUUGCCCUGAUAACGGAAAUGUACCUUUUUUUCUGUCCUUUUCUUCUCAGUGGCUUUGGUCUGGUUCAUUGGUCUGGGUUACUACACUCUCUUUUUAAUAUGUUCAGACUGAUAGCUUUGAUACUUUUAUUCUGAUAACUGCACAUUUUGUUGCUUUUUCAGGUAUAAGAGUCUCCAUCCUUUGUGAUAGUCAAACUUUUUAUGUGCAAAAAAGGUAUUCCUGUAAGUGGAAAUAUUUUUUUUCAGCCUGAGCACUCCGGCACCGUUUGGAUUUUCUUAUGUCUUGGUCCUAGACAGUUUAACAGAUAUGUAUGGUAUGUUUGGUGACUAUAGCCAGUUUUAAUACUGAGUAAAAUAGAGCUUCCUUUGCUUAAAGGCUGUUAAAAAUUUUUAGAAAUGUAUGUAUGUUAAGAUUUCCAUUAAGAACUUCUGCCCCAUCCCAGGAUAGUUUUUUAAGUUUACUUUACCCUUUUUGAAGUAUAUAGAGAUUACAGUCUUUGUCCUGAAAGAGGCUGUGAAUUUCAGAGUGCAGGUCUUUAUAUCUAACAGUUCAUCUUUUCUUCCUGAGAUAAAGUAAAGUUGUAAUUUUAUUUAUUUACCGGUUGUCUUCUGAACAUUUUCUAAUUAUAAAGAUUUUUUUUUCAUAAAAUGGGUGUGCGUCAACAAGAAAAGCAUUGUACUAGGAACAUGUUCAGAGAACAUCAUCUCUUUUUCACGUUUUGUUGUCGAAGAUCAGUAGGGUAGGGAGUCCACAAGCAGUGUUUAAGUGGCUGUAUAACUGGACUAUCACUUGUAAUGACAAGUACAUUAAGACUGUGCACUUGGCAUAAAAAAAGGUUGAGAAGUGAGUGUGGCAUAGUACUCAAGAUUUAUGCCUCAUAACUGUUGGGUUCAGAGUUCAGGGUUCAGUCCUAAUGUCAGUUUAUUGUCUGUGUAGUUUGCAUGCUCUUCUUUUGUUUGUUUGGGUUUUCUUCAGAUGAUCUUGUUUGUACUGUCUUCCUGAAAUGGUAAUGGUUGGCUGCUCUAUCUUGCAAAGGGUCUGUGGUAUCCAGUUCUGUUACUGUGUUUAACAGAUAAAUUAAUUUCAAGUAAAAUCCUUUUUUCCAAAGUUAUAAAAGGUUGUUCAUGUAGCACAAUGACAGCUUUUGUUGCAUUGCUUUUUAUAAUAGCACUUUGGCAUCUAUGUGUUAACCAUUUGGCCCUUCCCAUGUACAUAAGCAAAACGUUACAGAUUGGAUGUUUGAUUAUGCCAUACUUCAGAGCUAUAGUGAUGAGAGGUAUAUUCCCAUGAUUUCUGUGUCAAGCAGGGUUGUUCUGCAACUUUACAUGACCUGCUGCCAGAACAAUCAAAAUAAGUAUAGAAUUUUUGUGGCCCUUUUUGGGUCUUCUGAACCUUCUUGUUACCCCUGACUUGCUGUGACUCUUGGUCAGGGCUGGUCAGAUCAGGGCUUACUGUUGCAAGGUCAUAUUGCUGCUAUGGCAGGUUUUCUGCUUUAAGACCUAUUUCUUGCACCUUCACAAACUUGUGCUGUCAAAAGAGGUGGAUUACAGUGUGCUUGUGGCAUAUCAUCCACACACCUGUGAGCAACUCUGGUAACCCCCCCCCCCCACCACAGAUGAGACUGUCAUUGCAUCCCUGGCCUCUACUAGUGUCCGCUAUGAAGGUGUACCCCCCCCCCCAAAAUCCCCAAAUGAACACACCCUCCCUUACCUGUAUCAUCAAGCACCCAAGCUGUUAAUACAACUUGAGUCUACUAGGCCAUAGUCAGGGCUUUACUUUAUCCCUGUACACAACUGGCAAGUGGAUAGUUUUUGUGGUGCUUGCAGUAAUGCAGGAUCUUUGCGAAGAUACUCUGGUUGACAGACACAUCGUGUCUGCUGUCUUCCAAGUGUUUGAGGCCUCUCUUGUCUUCCCUCUCAGAGGAUCUGUAUCACUCUGCAUUUUGAGGGUUUUUUCCCCUUUCAGAAUAGAUUAACUUUUUGUAACUGUAACCAUUGUCUAGGUUCCCAAGUAGUUCUUCUAAGACCCUGUUUGCCCCAGUAGGUUAACUACCAGCAGUUUUCUUGUAACCAGCAACAGGUAAGUGAUUUCUGUCAGUGACAUUCAUGGCAUUGGCAGAAAGGCAGAGCUUUCUCCUUUGAAGAGACUACCAGUUAGUCCUGACUUCUCACCCAACAAUUUCCAUGUCAAGUAGAUGAUUGGAGGGGCUGGACCCUUUCUUCACAGGGAAACCUGGCUUGUUCUCAGAUUAGACCACUGUAUAUUGAAAGGUAGUUUUUCCUGCUAUGCAGUUGUGUUCCCCACUGAUCAUUCCAUCUACACUGAUCAUUCCAUCUACACAAGUCGUGAUCACAAGUUGUGUUCCACACUCACCAUUUCACCUGGACACCUCUUGAUUGCAACUUGUUCCUCACCAGUCAUUUCACUUGAACACUACUAGAUUACAGCUUGUGUUCCCCAAUGGUCAUUUCAGUUGGACACCUCUUGAGCACAGCUUGUGUUCCCCUCCAGUCAUUUCAUUUAACAUCUGUAAAUCUCACCGUCCAAAGGCAGAGGCCCUUUGCAACAUCCUGAAAAGUCAUCCAGCCUGUCUCUCCAUACCACUGGUUCAAAAGAUACUAUACCAGACUUAUAUUAGUAACCAGAAUGACUGGAUACAUACAGCUCAUCCUGAAUCUCUGUGGUGUCGAACUAGUUGUCUGAUAGUCAACUGUUCUCCAGAGGGUCUCAACUGAAGGUUGUUUUGCAUCUUAUGUUCAGAGGGGAGUGGAUUUUCCAUUUUGACUUUCAGGAUGUAGAUCCUUGUAUUAAAAGCAGGCAGGAACUCCCAAGUGUUCCUACAUUUCGGCAAUAGCUGAGACCAUGUCAGCUUGCCUUUCUCCCAACACCAAGAAAGUUUACAGAGUAUAUGAUCAUGAUGGUUUGCUUAAGAGUACUCAGCAUUUGGGUUUUUCAGUACCUAGAUGAUUAGCUGUUCAAAACAGCAUCAGAACUGGAGGAAAUGCUGUAGGCCAGAGACUAGGCAGCAGAGAGAUUGGAAAAAAAUAGAAUUGUGGUCACUGAUCCAAAAAUCACACCUUAGAGCAAUCGCCAAACAUUAUAUGUUGCCGAUUGUAUACAGGCCUGGUAAAGGCCUCUCUCUACAGAUUACAGAACAUUUUAGUAGACAGUAAGCCUAUUAUGCCAUGCAGCUGAAGCUGUACGUGAUGUACCUUCUGCCUGCUUAUAUGAGACCCUACAGUGGACUUUGAAAUCUCAGUGGUCCCAUGAGUGUAGCUCCCUGGAAAGCUUCACCUUUUACCUUAGUCUCCAUAUUCUGAUGAACUAGUCUCUGAAGAUUCAUUUUGGGGAUUUCUCUUCUGGCAGUCUUCCUUUCUAGACGAGGGAGACGAUCAAAGAUCUCAUUUGCUGCAUGACUUAUGAUUUGUUGUGUGAGAUAAUGGCAUUAUCCUUUGGUUGAAAAUGAUGAUGUUAAGACUAAGCCUUCAGCAGCUUGCCAUUUUUUAUGCCAGAGAUCGUAGGAUGUACAAGGCAAGUUAGACCAGAGGCCAUGUGCACCUUGCCAGUGCCCACCCUCAGGCUGUACUUCCUUUUGCAAGGAAGGUGAUGCUUUUGAGUCCUGCUGUAAAUUUAAGGGCAUUCAUCUAACUGUCCAAGCUACGUUUGAAGAAUGGGAGUCACAUUGCUUGACAUGCCAGGAGAAUGUUAAUCCCAGAGCAUGGAGAGGCACUGGAUGAUGGUGAACCUGUCUGUCCACGUAGUUUUAUUUAUUUCUUGAUGAAGGUUUAGAUUUCUUUUUUUUGUGUUGUCAGCACAGUUUAACUUGUUGAAGAAAAGGAGGUUAAGAUUAACUGGAUCUCUAAGGAGACUGUUAACUAGGCCCAGGUUUCCCACAGCAGCCUGUAGUACACUUGAGUACAAGGAUAAGGACUCCAAUCUCUUCUGGAAGCUAAGGGUUUUGAGACUCAUAAUCCUUUUUGUUUGGAAACUCUUUUUUUUUUUUUUUCAAGUGUUAGUCUAGCCAAGGACAUGGUGAAGGGUUUAUUAUAUUCAACAGUAGGGGAGAAUACAGAGGGACAAUGACUUCCUUAGUUUCAGAAGAGAUGUUAUUGUCAGUUAGUUGCAAAAUGUAGAAGGAUGUCCUGGCUACAGUCACACAUGAUGAUCAAGGAGUAGGAGGUAAGGAACCAUGUCUUGCUUUAUAUAGAAAGUAUAGUAUGUCUGUGUUGUAGUAUACUGACAACUUGGGGGUAUGGACCCUGCAGAGAGGCUGUGUAUGUUGGGAAAUAUGUGCUUAGUCUUGUUUUUUCUCAGUCAUCAUUGUGCAUCCAAGGAGGUGACAGUUCUUUGACAGACCACCUCAGUAGGAUUUCUUUUUUUUUUUGUCCUCAGAAACAUCACUGGCACCCAAGAUUGCUCUGCAUAUCUUUUGUAUCUGCUUUAUCAGAGCUCUGUGCAUCUCACAUAGUUGCAGGGUUCUUCUUCCUUCACCCCAUUGUCAAACCAGGAAUGCCUUUGCUUACUUGUGGGCAGAUGGAUUCCUUAAUGCUUACUCAUUAUUUCACAUCUUCUGACCAGGUUUUGGUUUGUCUCAGUCCAUUUGACUGUUCUGCUGUGUGUUGGCCUUAUCAGUGUCAGUUUUCAUCUCUUUUGAAGCAACUUGUGAGUCUUCAUUUGUAAGUUAUCUGAAGUAGUAGAAGUAUGUUGUAGGCCUCAGGAACACCUUGUCCAACCAUGAAAACUCCCAACAUAAAAACUUGGCUUCUUCAUUUCCUGCAGUAGAUUAUGAUGAAAGCUGCCACAAGUUGGUAGAAUUUUUAUGAUUUGCUUGUAAACCCAUCCGGUUAAAAUUGCUUCACGUUAAACAAAUCAACUAUUGUGCUGUUGCUAUAGGUUGAAUUAUGCAAGCCCAUUUUUACUUAAAUCAUCAGGUACCUUUACUGCCUGCUAUCUAGUUAAAAGUGCAAAUGUGAGAUUUAGUAGCAGAUUAAUGAGUCAGUGAUGCAUUCCUAAGUUGUGUGUUUAGUUAAAUGGCUGGCUUAUAAUGCCAUUGCCCCUCUUUACUGUUUGGUAAAACUUGGCUAUCAUUAAUGCUGACUCAUACAAACUGUUUUUACAUUUGAUUUGCUGUUUAAACAAAUGUAGAUAUUAGAAAACAUAAUCUCGAAGUUCUUUUAGUAGUGGAUAGUUGGAUUUCCUGUCCUAACCAUCAGCCUGUGACAUUUCUGGAUUUUCUUUGGUUUGCCACACUGGGAUGCUUGUGCCUCCACACAUUGUAUAUUAUGAGGUAAUGUGCCAGUCUUGGGAGCAUGCUCAGCCUUUUUAUUAUCUAAGUGUUUCUGCUGCUCUUAUAAUGUGGAUCAUGGCCCUAAUGUUUGUUCUAGGAAAGUUCCCACAUUUCUUGAAGUGACAGACCCUUCAAGGUUAUGUGAUCAUACAGAAACGGCCCGGAACUGCAUCAUUACUGACUUUAGUGCAUGGGAAAGAAGUACAAUGUGAAGAAUGGCUGAAGGUACCAGCACUUCAACCCAGCCAUUGUAGAAGAUGCAGAAAUAGGUUUGCAUCUAUUUGUUGAAGAUGACUGCUAUGGAGGGUGGAUGUUGCAAAUUCUGGCAGAAGAACAGUCUUUUGUAUAAUUUCAGGCUGGUGCUGGACUGACAGGAAAUGGCAAAGGAAUCGGAGACCAGACAUUAAUCCAAACCUCCUGCUGAAGAGCAUGCUAGUAAUGUGGCCAUGUUUACCUUGAGUAGUGAAGGGUUCAGCUGAUGACAAAAUGAGUAUGGAUGACACACCCUAACAUCCAUACCAGAUGUACAACUUAUGGUGCCUGUACUGACUCUCCUUUCAAACUUCCAAAGCAUGACCAUGAUUAGCCACCUCAUGUGGAGUGAUCCUUUGAGUCUGAUAGUGAAGUCUCAGUUAUUGCAGUUUGGAUUGAGGAGGUUAUUCCGUUAACAUCUCCUUACGUAUGUGAGAAAUGUUGGCUAAGGCUGAGGAGAUUCCUGUAGACUAUUCUUUCUCAUUUUGACCUGAGGAAUAGCCCAAAUACAGUUGCAUUUGUUGUGCAUCUUGUAGCACUUUUCAUGGGUGCAGGAGUGUUAUGGAGCAUGAUUUAAUUCUAGACCCUUGUGCCUACCAGCAUGGCAGGUUUAGUACUGAUUAUGACAUGGCAGUGUAGUAGAAGUUCAAUUCCAAGAGGCUGCCAUCUUGGCAACCCAUCUUCUUGGAGUCUUGGAUUCUAAGCAGUAGUAAUGGAUGACUGUUUCUCAGAAUUAGUCCUAAAAUCACCUGUGCAGAGAUUUUGGAAUAGGCCAUAAUGUCAGUUCCACAGCUGAGCUUGUUAUUCCUUUGGAGAACAAGAAAAGGUUUGCUCUUUUGAUUUCUUCUCCAAAGGAUACAGAAUAUUCUGUCUCAUCUUGGGCCUCAACAGUUUCAGCGAGCACAUUCAGUACAUGAAAUUCCAGAUGAUGAUUGUCCUGGGGUUCAUAACUCUGCUAUAGCAGGAAUUGUUUGGAUGAAUAUAUUGGACAUAGUCAACACCUUUUAACACAUCUCUUUGAGGUCUGCUUAACAGUUUCCUGGGAUUUCAUCUAGGUGGGCAUCACUUUCAGUACACUACUGCUAUCUGGUCUAUGCUCUCUGCCUAGAUUGUUUAGAAAGUUACUGGCCAUAGUGAUGGAACCUUUGCAGUAGAAAUAACUUGUGUAUGUGUGCCCCUUGGAUAACUGCCUUUUUGGCUUUGUUAUGCAUGCCCAUCAGGGGUGAAUGGUCUCAGUAUACUGUGUGACGUCUAUUGUGAACCAAAAAAGGAUAGCCUUCUGUGGGGCACAAUUGUGUACUGUAUUGUUGGAUGUCCCCGGCCAAGGAGAAGGUCCAGGAAAUCAAGGUCUUGGUGGCUUUAGAAGGUCCAGGCUUAGACAUUUCUGUAUCUUUUGGGCUGUAUGGUGUCCAUAACUUUCAUAGUUCCAUUCAUAUGCUUACAGAUGCAGGUUUUCCACUGUACUUUGGGAUGGGAUGAUAUUGACAGUAAUUCUGUUACUCCUUCAUGUUCUUUUAUUGUGUCAGAUCCUUGUCAGUGGGCUGUGAAGUGGUAGGCAGUAUCUGACAGCUAAAUGUGGGCCUUUCAUUCGUACAACAAAUGCUUUUCUAGUUAUUUGUAAAUUGUUUAUGAGACAUGGACUUUCCUUAGGAGCAUGGAGUCUGCUUUAAACUAGUUUCAACUCCAGGCGGUAUUCCUGGCAGUGAAGGCUCAGGAGGGGUUGUUGAGACCACAGUCCCUCCUCAUUAAAUUGGACAAACCGAAAUAGACAUACAGGAUCACACAUUUAGCCCCCCCCCCAACAGAGAAGUGAAUCAAAACUUGCAGUAGUCCCUAGAAAGGGAUGCCAUUCUGAUUGUGGUUUACAUGUGUUGGGGAGUGAAAGCACCGGCUGAUAUUUUGAGUCACUACUCCUACCCUCUUCUGGAACUUUGGAAGAGAUUGCUGUUUGCAUAAGAUCUUUUAGGACUGGAGGCAACCCAGUAAUUGGCCUGGCCCUUAUAUGGCAUAAUGUGGUUCUCUGGUUUACGUGGUUCAGCAGAGCAAAGUUGAUUUGAAGGUGGACACGCAUCCUUUCCUGUUGCAGGAAAGAUUGUUAUAGUUUUCCUCUAUCCCUGUUAAUUCAUGCAUUUUUUUUAAACAAACUUCAGAGAAGACCAAAAUGCAUCCUCAUUUCCCAUGGUGUCUGAGAUUAGGUUUUCUGGCUUUGCAGAAGACUAUCCCAGUACAACCCAUGGAAGUCCCCCUUAGUUUAUGUGACAAUGAGCUUCACUUCAGGGUCUGGUUUAUUUAGAUACUCUUACCACUGAAACUCGCUAUUGUAUAUUAUUGAGGCAAUCAGGCAGCCUUCUUGCUUUACUAAGUGGAAGUGGCUCUCUGUGUUGAUGGGAUAGUUGCCACUGCCACCUUAUUGGUUAGUUUGCAGGUAUCUUGAUUUGCCUCAGAUGCCUGUAUCACUUAGACCUCAUGUAUUCAGUGGCAGGAUACAUGUUUCUGUCUGUGUAUGCCAUGGCUUUCUUUAUAGUAGAUGUGGGCUGGCAUGACAUGGUUAAGCAGCUCUUAAAGAGGUUCUACAUUCUGUCCACCUUUGACAUACCCUCCUUCUUCUUGAGUCUUAAACUUUCUAUUUAAACUAUCUUGUUUGCCAGCCCUGCAAAGUUUUAAAGAUACUUUUCUUUGUGGCCAGCACUUUGGCUCACAUACCUUUAAGGUGCAUGCCCUUGCUGUAGUAUGAAAGACAGUGGUCUUUCAUAAGGGUAAGGACCAACUGCAGAGUCUCCUGAUAGGACUACUUUAAGAACAUAUCUGAAAAUACUAUCAUCACUCUGCUUCCGUUGCAGAGGCAGAAUGCAUGGGGCAGAGAAAUAGGUAUGCAUAUAGUGGGUGUGUAACAUAAUUUCCUGAUGAGAGAGUGUAAGAGUUCAGGAAAGCAGACCCUUUUGUUUGUCUCUCUUGCUUUAUGUAGGACGGGAGGCUUACAGUGGGUAAGAUAAACUGUUUGUUUCUUAGUGGAUGAUUGCAUUGUCUUUUGUUUGCAGGUGUAGUGAGCCACCGAUUGGAAGAUGCUCAUGUCAAGACCAUUCCACUGCAGUUAUGGCUGCCUUCAGUGCAGUGUCCCCAUUCUGAGUAUUCAUGUAGUGUCAGCAUUGAUGUUUGGUUCACAUCUUCACCAGGUGUCAUUGCUUAGACCUUGAUUCCAGGAUUUAAGUGCCCAUUAAUAGCUUGCUGCUUCAUGACUCUGCCUUCUGAGCUCUUGCCCUUCUGGCCUUGUUUCAACUUUCCAGGAAGGUACAAGUUUUAUAGCUUGUGAUUCUUCCCAGGGUUUUCUUACGGUCUGUCACCCCCCCACUAUCUUGAUGACCUCUCCAUUAUUUUAAGUUGGGAAGUAUAUCAUCUUCUACUUUCAGAUUAUUUCUCUUUUUCGCUUAUUUGCAGAGUGCACAUUUAUUUGCAGAGUGCACGUUUGGAUCUGGAAGUGAAGAGGUCAGCCUCGCCCUCCUAUGCUGAAGCAUAACAUUAAAGUGUGUGCCAGCUAUAUGAGUGCAGAUCUUUUAAUGUGGGCACUACAGAAAAUUCUGAAUGUGGGCACUAGCAAGUUCUGAACCAAGUUGAGCUGGGAUAUUGGAAGAGGAAACUAUAUAUUUGGUGGCAAGUUGAUUUAUUUAAAAAGUCAUACAUAACAUGAAAGAUUUUAGGGCUAACGUUCAUUAUAUUGCUUGAACAUUGUUGCAAGUUUUUGCUAGUUUUAAAUAAUCUAAUAGCUCUGUAGUAGUUAAUUUUAUGGUUGCACAUCAAAGGUUUUAGUAGGCUAUACUUCUGUGUUUGUGCAUCAUUAACUAUUAAUGUUGAUCUGAUUUAGCAGGAAGUGUUUUGUUUAUCGUAGCAUUAACUGUGUCUAAAAGAGUUUUAAUUUUGUGUUCAUAUUGCACGAUUAAUCCUGAUUAAUAGGGUUAGUUGGAGUUAACCAGUGGCUUGCAUUUGGUUAGCUGGUACAAUGACAUGUACACUGCGUGUCAGAAUGCCCACUUUGCCAUCAGUACAGGCGUUAAGGCUUAUGUAAAUGAGCAUGAGGCAUGUUUGAAAUGCCCUCAUUGCUUUCAUGAGUGCUUGCAGUGAUCUACAUCAUAGCUUUGCCUAAUGCACUCUACCCACUUCCUCAGAAAAAGUGCAGCUCAGGACGUCUUAGAUGAACAGGGUAUAUUUUUAAUGCGACUUUAUUCAGUAGUUAGUGUGUUAGAGCACUAAGCUGACAUGCAGUUUUGUUCUGCUCACUGUUGUUUGAAAAGCAAUAGAUCACUGAGUAACAGUCUAACUUUUGAUCUCUGCAAAAUACUAGCUGUUGACCCAUUUACACACACACACUUUUGGUUAGACAAUGAGAUUGAACUGCUGACGGUGUUAGCUUGAAUUCACACAGGUGCUUUCAAUUCAGCAUGCUGUUACUGAAGUCCAGGUACUAUAUAUUGUAGAUCUUCUGUUGCUUAUUUAGAAAUUUUGAGUGCCCAUUUACAGUGAGCUGUCAUAAUUUGGAGUUUGAGCAUCUCUUUUGGGAUCAUUAGGCUAAAGUCGUAUUGUUUUGCAGCUAGUGGGAUAACUGCUUUUACAUAGACGUCUAUCGCAAGGGUGAGUGAAUGAAUUAUACCUGACAUUGUGUUUGCCGGCAGAGACUUUAACUGCUUUCUUCUGAUUUUAUCAAAUUUUAGAGCUUGUAAUUUGCACUUGUGCAUUUCCACAUCAAAAAUAUGGACCUGUUUUUAAACGGGGGAAUGUUGUUAGUCUCCCUGAGUGUUCAGUUUAAGAAGCAUUUUGGCUGAGAAUGAGCACUAGACUAGCAUUUUUUUUUCUACCAUAUAGAAACCCUUAUUUGCCUUUUCUUAAUCAGUACCUUGUACAUUAUUUAUGCUUUGGGAGUUUCCAAGGCAAUGUAGUCUAGAAGCCGACAUGAAACUUGUACUUGAUGUCCUGUUUGUUGUGCUCAGAAAGUACACAACGUGGGGAGUCAUGGAUGAGGAACAACAUAGUGAAGGAUGUAGUUUGCCAUAUGCACAUGUUUAAGGUGCUGCCUACAGUUCUAAGUCGUAAUAGACCAUAGCAUCCUUGCAUUUGCAGAAGACAGUAGUUUUGGCAUAAUGGUUAAAGGCCUCACCUCAUGUACAGAAGAUGCAGAGUUUGAUUCUGAUGUUGGGUUAUUGGCUAGGCUUUAAAAUGUCCCUUCAGGGCAUUUAGCCUAGCAUUCAUCUGUGAACAUUCAUAAAAUGCAAAAUCUGGGUUAUAAAUAAUCCUUGGGGGGGCUGACAUUGUCUAUGAGAAAUGUUUAUGCCAGCCUACUGGUGCAUAGAUAAAUAAGUACCUUGAUUUAUAAAUUUGUAUUGUUAUUUGCAUUAAGAGAAAAUAGCUGAGCAGUCUGUUUCCAUCCUUUUAACAGAUGGUGAGUGCUGGUGACACUCUACUUUCUGCUUUGUUUCUGACAGUGAGAUGAUCUCCAAAUUUCUUGUAGAUAAUAUUAUCCAUAUAACUGUGUGUAAUGCACCUUUUUGUGUGCUGGCUCUCUAAAUUCUCUCUCCAGUCUUUGGAAGGAUCUGCUUGCCCUAGUGAUGAGGUGAGUCUCUAGCAGGCCUAGUUAACAUCACAAUAGUGAUUAUUGAAAAGGUAUCCUUAAGAAACAGCCUUUGUAUGGAAAUGACAUUGAAGAAUCUUACUUUGAGACUGUUAAACCUUUUCCUCUACUUAACAGUAGUACUGACUUAUUUGUUCAUUUCAUAGUUUUUAGGCAUCUUGUAGUCUGUCCGUAAUGCUUCAUUUUUAAUUUGACAUCCCAAUAAUGUUAGUACUACAUGUUGUCGGUUACUUAACCAUUCACGUUGCAUACACGCCGCCCUACUUUGUUUGCACGUUAAAGAUCUAGGUGGCACUGACCUGGUUUAUUUGUCAAAACUGCUUGAAGUAAAAAAAAAAUAUUAAUUGUGUUUGUAAUCAUGUUUGAAUAUUAAUACUAAUGCAGCUGUACAGUUUGGUUUAAGUGCCUGGAUGUCAGACUGCUUUGUCCUUCGUACUUCUGAUAAAACAUACUUCUGUAACUUUACAUAACAGUAGAAAUAAUUGCAGUGUGCACAGCCUUUUAUUUGACCUUUGUUGAAGCCUAUUAAUAAUCUCAGUAAAUGAAAUGUGUCCAGCCAGCUCUUUUGUUUUUUUUUUUUUUUUUUUCAGAAUGCAUCCCUUGCAUGUUACCACAGUGCAGUAAAGCUGUCUCAUGAGAGCAAUACUAACCUUUCAGAAACUGACUUAAGUAAGCAUUCAGUAGCCAAGUAGUGGUCGGGUAAGCCUUUCUGCUACGGAUCUCUGAGGGAUAUCUUGGAGCACUUAAUAUUUCUUUUAAUACACUAGAUGACCAGUGAAAAUGUCUGCUGUAGUAGGGAAGCUUUGCACUCACCAAUUCUAAGUGACUGCCUGAUUUCAACCCAUUAUUGAUGUAGAAAUAAGCUAAUGAAAUGCAAAUUUUUAUGAUUUGCUUUCUGUUUUGUGAAUGUCGUGAUUUAGUCUGUCUGCUGACUACUUCAGACUACUCAGUCUUAAAACUGCACUGACUAAUAGUUUGGACAUUUUGCAGAGCCCUACAUAAGCAGUCUGUAAUGAACUAGCCUUUGGGUUUCAGUCAUGCAGUAUAUUUAGUUUGUUUGCUGUGCAGGUUUUCAAAAUCUUGGUUGAAGGGGAAAAUUGAAAGUUCAUGUGUGAAGUACUGUGAAGAAAUUAAUUAUGUGUAAGGUAAUAAUAAGAAAUAGGUGAUAGGCUUACAUAAUGAAAACAUUUUCAGUAUUAAAUUUGAAAAAAAAAUGUGAAUUGUAGGGAUUACUAAGAGUGCAGCAAAAUGUAAAUGCUUUGCUGAGGAAAUUGGUAGUGUCUGAAGUUUCGUUCCUUGUGCAAAUGUCCUGAGUCUCUGAAGUUUCAUUCCUUGUGCAAAUGUCCUGAGUCUUUGAAGUUUUAAGUCGAGUAUUAUCAUAUUCAGUAUUUUUAAGCCUUCAUUCAAAAUGUUUGUUCAGUAUUGUUAAUUUAGUGUUCAGAAUUUUGAUUAAAUUCCAGAAUAUGGACUGUUUUCACAACUAAUAACAAACAUGACUUGUACAUUGUACUACAUAGGAAAUAAUUCUUCAUCUGUGUCCUUCACUGUAGUGUAUUAGACUUUUUUUUUCACUAAUCCAUACUUGAAGUAAUACUAGAAGACAAAUGUGAAUGUAGAAUUUAAACAAUUUCAUCAUUAGUGCAGUUCCUGGAAGGUCUUUGAAAUGGAAUUUUGUUGUAUCUGUCACUGUAGGAAUGGCCUUGAUUGUGCACUGUUCACCUUACACAGUCCUUUGAAGGCUACACACUUGCUUAUAAUCAAAUCUGUAUUAAAUUAUGUAUCAACAAUU